CGGAACAUGCGUGGUGCCGAUCGCGCCGGGAACCUCUGAUCGUCGUCGCCGUAGCAGUCGGUGCGAGUCGGUGCGUCGUCAACAACGGCAGCCGCGGUCGUGGCGAUCCGGCCUCCGUUCGAGCAGCAUCGUCCGCCGGUGCGGAGGACCGCGAGGAAGCGGCGGUCCCGCCCGCUCCGUGGAUCCGCGUCCUCCGGCUCUCGUCCGGGCGACUCGCCGAAGGAUUCCCUCGAUUCUGCGAGCGAGGAAGAGGCGACGGCUCGACGACGCCUCUCCCCCGUCAGCCGAGGACGCGCUCGUUCGCGCGAGAGGUCGAGAGAGCUACCGAGUGUGCUUUCCCUCUCUCUCUCUCUCUCUCUCUCUCUCGCUCCGGAUAUCGCGGUAAUGUGCGUCAGUGAAUAGUGAUAAGAACGGGAACGCCGCUGACUUCGCCGCGCUUCCCCGAGGAUUAUCGUCGCGAGACCCGGUGAGAUCGAGCCUCCCCGAGCGCUCCUCCCGGAACGGUCCCCUCCGGCCGACAUGUCCACCGCGUCCCCGGCGAAGUGAAGCGUCGUCGCACCUGGCGGUCGCGCCGGGCGAGAUCGGCCACCUUCGGAACGCGUCACCGACAUUCAUCCCGCGCGGAAACCAUCCGGGCAGGCGGCGUCAGAUCGGCGGUCGUUCGAUCGUCCGGCGGACGUCUCGGCCGCCGCGCGAAGAACCGGCGUCAGGCGGAGGCGCAGGGGCGGCGGGAGAGGAGGAGGACGUGGAGGAGGUGGUGCUGCUGCUGGUGGCAGCGGUGCAGGAGGAAGGCCCGUGCAACAAGUUAAGAGGCCGCCGCCGUCGACGUCGCUGUCGCCGCCAGCCUCCUCGGCACGAUGUGACAUGGAUAUCCUCGCCGUAGCCUGCGCCCUCGUCGCGACGGCACUCUACUGCAACACCCUGCAAGCGGGUUUCGUCUACGAUGACCGGAGAGCCAUCCUGACGAACCCUGACCUGCUGGCGAGCACGCCUUGGUACCGGCUGCUCGAGAAUGACUUCUGGGGAACGCCGCUGACGGAACGUGGCUCGCACGGUAGCUACCGGCCGCUCUGCGUGGCCACCUUCCGCUUGAAUCAUUUUCUGGGUGGCCUUGAACCCUGGGGCUAUCAUCUGGUGAACGUAGCGCUGCACGCCGGCUGCACCGUCCUCGUGGUCAGGGUCGCCAGAAAGGUCCUGCCAGGAAGGAGCAAUCUCGCGCACGCGAUCACGGGUUUCCUGUUUGCGGUCCAUCCCAUUCACAGUGAGGCUGUGGCCGGUAUAGUCGGACGUGCCGACCUUCUUGCCUGCUUCCUGACCUUGACAUCUUUCCUGACGUACUCGGCCCAUUGUAAUCGCGCCAGAUCGCCAUUUCCUCUGCUGCUGGCCCUGGUGUCGUCGACGUUGGCUACCUUCGCCAAAGAAACGGGCAUAUCGUCCCUGGCUCUUUGCCUUCUCUGGGAGCUCUGCCGCGGCGAGCCAAGUCGAAAGGGCAACUGCGGAUUCACCCGGGGCCGCAGCGUCGGCAUUCUCACCGGCGGUCUUGCGUUGCUCGCGCUGGGCCGGAUCCGGCUCGCCGGUAUCAGGCCGGAGUUCGCCAGCGCGGACAAUCCGACGGCGAGGCAUCCGUCGCGCUUGACGCGCGGCCUCACGUUCCUCUAUCUGCCGGCGGCGAGCGCGAGAAUGCUGCUGUGCCCCAGCACCCUGAGCUUCGACUGGUCGAUGGACGCCGUGCCGCGAAUAACCAGCCCGUUGGACCCGCGGAAUCUCGAGUCGGCCUGCCUCUACGUCGCCCUGAUCACCGCCGUCUGCUGGGCGGUGCGCGGUCUGCGACGGCCGUGUCGCCGGGAGCCGACGGCUACGCCCGGGGCGACGGUCGCUCUUCUCCAAGCGUACCCGCGCUCCGCCUCCUCCAGGUGUCCCGUAUGCGCCGGUAGACGCACGGGCGGCUGUCACACGGACGGCUGCAGGGCGGCCAACAACAACAACAACAGCCCGCUCGGUGAUUGUCAUUGUGCCAAGAGGCCGAAUUACGGCGGCGCGUCCGCCGACGGCGGCCGGCGGACCGCCGCGGCCACCGCCGUGUCCUUGGGCUUCCUCGUGUUCCCCUUCCUGCCGGCGAGCAACCUCUUCUUCUACGUCGGCUUCGUGAUAGCCGAGAGGAUACUGUACCUGCCGAGCGUGGGCGCCUGUCUGGCGGUCGGCGCCGCGAUCUCCGGCUGUUACCGGAUGGCGAGGAGAAACGGCUCGAGGAGGCGCGGCAGUGCGGUGCUCCUGGCGACGGCGGCCCUCAUCGCCCUCAUGUCGGCCAAGACGCUCAUGAGGAACGCCGACUGGAGGGACGAGGAGAGCUUGUACAGGUCGGCGCUGCACGUCAAUCCACCGAAAGCUUAUGGCAACUUGGGCAGCGUUCUCAGCGAGCAGGGGCGAGUAGCCGAAGCGGAGGAAGCUUUCGUUCAAGCGCUUCGUUAUCGACCGAACAUGGCGGAUGUGCACUACAACUUGGGUAUCUUGCAGCAGGGCAGGAAGAACUACGAGGAGGCGAUUUUGAGUUAUCAACGAGCAAUUCAUUUCCGACCUUCGUUAGCUCAGGCUUACGUGAACCUGGGAGCCGCGCUGAUUUCAGUCGGACGCGGCACCGAAGCGGCUGCGGUUUUGCGCGCCGGUGCAUCCUUGGACGGCUCCGGUCUGAAGGACAAAAGGGCUCACGAGGCGGCCAGGGUGCAGGCCCUCCUUCAAUUAGGCGCGCUGUAUGCCGAUCAGGGUAGAUUACAAAGAGCUCUGUCGGCGUACAGGGAAGCCCUGCAUGCCCUGCCGGAUCACUAUCCACCUCAGAGCGUGUACAAUCUGUUGGGCGAGACACUGUCGAGGCUGCAACAGUACGCGGAAGCGGAGAGGUGGUUCCAGGCAAGUUUGGCCAGUCAGCCUGACCACGUGCCGGCCCACAUCACUUACGGGAAACUUUUGGCACGGAAUUCGAGCCGCGUCCUGGAAGCGGAGAGAUGGUUCCUGAGGGCCCGCAGGUUAGCGCCGGAUGACCCCAGCGUGCACCAUCAUUACGGGCUGUUCCUGACGUCGCAGGGCCGACUGGUGGAGGCCGCGGAAGAGCAGCUGCGAGCGGCCGAGCUGUCGCGCUCCGACUACGAGCUGUCCGUCGCGGCGGCCUCAGCGCUGAGGCAGGCCGAUCGUCGCGAGGAGGCCGAGGUCUGGUACCGACACGCGGCCAGCCUCAGGCCGCACGAGGCGCGCAGUCACACGAACCUCGGCGCGAUCCUACACCUGAACGGCAAGUAUAAGCAGGCCGCCGCGGCGUACAGGGAGGCAUUGAGGUUGCAGCCGGGGGACGCGACGACCAUGACGAAUCUGCACAAACUCGCGGCGAUCCUGGCGUGACCUGAACGACCCGGCGAGGACGGAGGUGACGAGGAGACGAGGAGAGAGGAGGGAAGACGGUGUGUGUAUCAUACGACCCCCCCCGCGCACGACGAGGACCCCUUCUUACCGACGUGUACCCCGAGAACCCCCACUGACCCGAUCUUCCUACCGAUAUUCGUUUAUAUCUCUGCGUCGGCGCGCCUUCACGUCGACGCCGUUCGCGUCGGCGUCGCGCGGCCGACUCGUCGUAUCGCCUGCUAUGGUAUGUAAAGAAUAAAGCUUCCUUUAUUUUUCUCUAA